AUGGCUCCUGCAUGGGUUGAAGAGUUGCAUCUUCAUCACGUGACCAUUCCUGUGACCAUAGAUAAAAUGUAUUCAGUCAUGCCAUCAACACCUAUUCCAGUUAAACAAGGUGAAAGCUUAUACCUUUCCAACCUAGAUGACAUGAUUGGAGCACGUGUGUUUACACCUACAGUGUACUUUUAUCAAUCAGAAAACAUAGAUCCUUCUAAAAAACCUAUAACAAAAAUACUACGUUAUGCUUUAGGUGAUGUUUUAGUGCCUUACUACCCUCUCUCUGGCAGACUUAGAGAGACCAAGAAUGGAAAACUACAAGUGUUUUUUGGACCCAAACAAGGAGCACUUAUGGUUGAAGCACGAUCUGAUAUUGCCUUAGUUGAACUAGGAGAUCUCACAGCUCCAAACCCAUCUUGGGAACCUUUGAUCUUCAAGUUUCCAAAUGAAGAACAAUACAAAGUGCUUGAUAUGCCAUUGGUCAUUGCUCAAGUUACCCUUUUCCGUUGUGGUGGCUUUAGCAUUGGUUUGAGGCUAUGCCAUUGCAUCUGUGAUGGCUUGGGAGCCAUGCAAUUCCUUGGUGCAUGGGCUGCCACUGCAAGAACAGGAACACUUGUGAUUGAUCCUAAGCCUUGUUGGGACAGGGAAAUGUUUAGGCCUCGUGACCCACCUAUGGUGACGUUUCCCCACAUGGAGUUCAUGAGAAUUGAAGAGGGUUCCAAUCUCACAAUGACAUUGUGGCAAACCAAGCCAGUUCAAAAGUGUUAUAGGAUCAAGCGUGAGUUUCAAAAUUGUGUUAAAACUCUAGCUCAGCCAUUUGAUGCUGCUGGUUGUACCACUUUUGAUGCAAUGGCAGCACUUAUUUGGAGAUCUUGGGUGAAAGCCCUUGAUGUAAGGCCACUUGAUUACCAUCUUAGGCUAACAUUUUCAGUCAAUGCUCGUCAAAAGCUUAAAAACCCACCUUUGAGAGAAGGAUUUUAUGGCAAUGUUGUAUGUGUAGCAUGUACAACAAGCACUGUCUCAGACCUUGUGCAUGGACAACUUCCAAAAACUACUCGUUUGGUUCGUGAGGCAAGACAAAGUGUUUCAGAGGAGUAUUUGAGAUCCACAGUGGAUUAUGUUGAGUUGGAUAGGCCUAGGCAACUUGAGUUUGGUGGUAAACUAACAAUAACUCAAUGGACAAGGUUCUCAAUCUACAAGUGUGCAGAUUUUGGGUGGGGUAGGCCACUUUAUGCUGGUCCUAUAGAUUUAACACCAACACCUCAAGUUUGUGUUUUUCUACCUGAAGGGGAGGCUGAUUGUAGUGGCUCUAUGAUUGUGUGCAUAUGUUUGCCUGACUCUGCUUCUCACAAGUUUACACAAGCCUUGUUGCUUGAUUCAAUGUUCACAUAA